AUGAAAUGUGGUGAUGGCUACCAGCCUGUCUUCAAAAAAGAAUUGGACCAGUUUAUGGAGGUUAUGGGAAUCAAUUCCUAUCUGAUGGCAAUGGAACUCCUUGUGAAGGCAUCUGCUGAGAGACUAGUGGGCUUCCUUGUACACAAGAAUAAAAAUCUCAAGUUGUCUAAGAAUUACAGUCCUGUCUACAAUCUAAAGGAGCGAUGGGAAGGAUGGGCUGAUGAACAUGUGAUAGUACAAAAACUCAAUCCUUUCAGUGAGGAGUUUGACUAUGAGCUUGCUAUGGCCACCCGUCUGCAAAAAGGAGAUGAGGGCUAUGGUUAUCCUAAAGAAGGUACGAAGACAGCAGAACGAGCCAAGAGAGCAGAGGGCCACAUCCACCGGGAGAUGAGAGACAUGUGUUUCAUUAUCAGAAUAAUGGCUCAGCCUAAACGUGAUGGCAAGAUCCAAGUCACUUUUGGUGAUCUCUUUGACAGAUAUGUUCACAUUUCAGAUAAAGUGGUUGGAAUACUCCUGAGGGCCAGAAAACAUGGAAUGUUAGACUUUGAGGGAGAAAUGUUGUGGCAAGGCCGGGAUGAUGAUGUUCUAAUAACCUUGUUAGAAUAAGGUCUUUUUCCUCACAGGAUAAACCAAAGGGCAUCCUUGUAUUCAGAAUGUUUUAUCAAAAGUUUUAUUAGAAAGAUCGACAGACAUCAAGCCUUUCAUCGGUACUCAGAACUUAUUAUUACUUAACAAUAGUAUUUCCGUAUUAUUCCAUCUAUAUGUUAUUAUUUAUUAAGUACAUAG